GGAAGACGCCUUCGGGUGUCAGCGAGGAAUCGAGCAGCGAAAGUCUGGAUCAGAUUUCUUCUCUGAACGCUGCAGAUGAAGGAGAGCAGCUUCUUCUUUCUGUUUGGAGGCUGAAGCAGUGGAGCAGAUGGACGUUCCUCUCAGCCGGACGUUGGUGUGAACCGGCAGAGUGAAGACAGCCGGAUGAGAGUCUGAAUCUGAAGUAGAGUCGAUGUGACAGUCAUGAAGAGCCGAGACCAGUAUGGACGCAGUCACGUGGAGAGUCUGUUCUGUGCAGCUCUGUCCAGUCUGGUGUUGGUUCUGCUGGGACUGCUGGGCUCGGUCCACGGCUGUCCAGGAGUCUGCACCUGCUAUGGUAACACCACUGACUGCUCUGCUAUCGGCCUCCUCUCUCUGAUGCCCAUCCUAGCGCUGCUGGACCAGGACGCUCUGGUCCUCCGCCUGCCCCAGAACAACCUCUCCUCUCUGGGCACGACUGAGCUUUCCAACCUCAGCAGCCUGGAGCUCCUGGAUCUUUCCCAGAACCACUUUUCCACCCUGCAACCUGGAACUUUCUCAGGCCUGAACAGCCUGCGCUGGCUCAACCUCUCUGCUAACUACCUCGGGGCGCGCCUGGCGACUUCUGACCCCAACAACAGCACAGACGUCCUCCAGGGCUCAAAUGGAAGUCAAGGCAGCACUGGUCUGAACAAGGAGGUCUUUAGGGGGCUGUGGCGGCUGCGAGGGCUCGACCUGUCCUCCAAUGGCCUCCUGUGGCUGCCCAAGGGCCUGCUGGAUGCACUUCCGAGGCUCACCUGGCUUUCUCUGGCCAGCAACCGGCUGGCGGCCCUUGACAGAGUCACCUUCGAGCCCCUGGUGGGGCUGCAGCAGCUCCAGCUGGCGGGAAAUCCCUGGGAGUGCGACUGCAAGAUGAGGGACUUCAAGCACUGGAUGGAGUGGUUGAUUUACAGGGAUGGGCAGGUAGAUGCGAUGCAGUGCAGUCUCCCGGGGAAUCUGAAGGGCAGGGACAUCCGCAGCGUACCAGCAGAGAUGUUCAGCUACUGCCUGCAGAAUCCGACCAAGGAGGGUGCGUCGGGUUAUGCCACCCGGCCUCCCUGCCCGCCCGGGCGGAUCAGCAGCAACGAGGAAUGCGUUCGCCAGCGCUACCGGCCCGUCAGUGUGCGCCGAGCACACGGCACGCAAAUAGUUGCAGGUGUGAUUUGUGGCACCGUGUGCGUCAUGAUGGUGGUUGCAGCAACUUACGGGUGCGUCUAUGCAUCGCUGAUGGCACGAUACCAGAGAGAGAUGAAGAACCGCGGCCAGCCUCUGAUGGCUGAGUCAGGUGCAGAGACGGAUCUGGAGGACGGACAAAUGUCUCCCACCUCGCCAGACGAGACGCCGCCCAAAGAGCCCUGCGGCAUUGUGCACGGGUAUCGAAUCAGCAGCUUCUGACCUGCUGCUUUUUACUGAUUUAAGAUCCUCCCAGGAUGCUCUGGCUGCUUCUGCUCCUCAGCUCUCAUCUCUGAUGAGACACCGUCUGGAGGGAGAAACCCUGCAGCGCUGCGAUUGUGCUGAAAAUCGGGGUGGGGACUGAUUGUACAGCUAAUGGACCGGACUAGAUUCAGUGAAACUGGAAUGCUGCAGCACUUGUUUUAAUGUAUGGAUGCUCUGUGAAUUGUUAUUCCCUGUGCUGCAUCUCUCAGCCAGCUUUAAACUCCUCUGAAGCUGCUAUUUGGCACUUCUGCACCUUGACUUCCCUUCAUCUGUGUUUUUGUUUCUCCUUUAGAAAUAUGAAACUACCUUUUUGUUCGAGCCGUCUUUGUAUCUGAGCCCAACAAGCACAAGCACCAAAAGUACAAAUGUCUGUGAAUCUGUGAAAAGUGACAUUUCUCCCGUUGUUUGCUGCACAAACUAUCUCGUUUCUUCCUCCAUCGAUGUAUUUCAUGUUAUCUUUAACAUCUCCACUUUGAGAAAUAGUACCUCUGUUAGGUGAAUGCCCUGUUGAAUUCUCUCCAAAUAACAGUCACUUGAAACCAUGAUGCUGUCAGGGAAAUGCUGCUUUAAGCUUUGUCACUGAGGUAAACUGCAUUCAAACAAUACAAGAGCUGUACUGCCACCUAGAGGGCAAGCUUGGAGCUACAACGGCUUGCAACCCAGCACAAACACACACUCGAGCUCUGAGACAUACAGAUACGACACAAUUAUUCCCAACAAUAACAAAGUCUGAGAUACUGAAGUGUGUGAAGGUUUAAGGCCUCACAGACUGGAACUCCUGUGUGUUUUAAUUUAUUUUGUCCAUACUGUCUGUGAUAAGCACAUGAAACAUCAUCUCGAAUUCAACUCAAGGACUG